GCUGUCGCAACCCUGACACAGGAAAUCUCUUGUGUGCAUGUGUGUCGGAGUGAAAGAGGAAAAGAAUUUGUGCAUUUAGGAGCGAGUUUCUCCUUGCAUCACUUUUCUUUCCAUCUACUGCUCAGACAUGUCUUCUGUCCCACCACCAACCCAGCUAGCAUGUAUGCUCCCCUUCCAAGCAGCACCAGGUCAGUUCGGCCCAGAGGUCCAGUUGCCAGGUCUCUGGGUGUGGAGGGUGGAAAAAAUGAAGGCGGUGUUGCUGGAUGCCUCUGAGGUGGGAGCUUUCUAUAACGGAGACUCCUAUCUGGUGUUGGACAACCGUGGUGAACAGGGAGCUGACCUCCACAUGUGGAUAGGUGAAAAGUCGUCUCGGGAUGAGCAGGUGGCAUGUGCCAUGCUGGUCACCCAGCUGGACAACUUCCUGGGUGGUGAUCCAGUUCAGCACAGGCAUGUUCAGGGCUUUGAGACCUCAGAGUUCAUGGAGCUCUUCCCCAGAGGGGUCAGCUACAAGGAUGGUGGAGUGGAGUCUGGCUUCAGGAGGCCUCAGGGCAGCGGGACGGUGCACAGAUUGUACCAGAUCAAAGGGAAACGCAAUAUCCGUGCCAAGGAGGUGGAGCUGUCCUGGAGCAGCUUCAACAAGGGAGACUGCUUCAUCCUUGACCUUGGAGAGACUAUUGUGUCGUGGAUCGGAUCAAAGGCCAACAUCUUCGAGAAGCAGAAAGUGCGGGAGAUCGCCUCGUUGAUCCGAGACACAGACCGACACGGUAAAGCUCGUAUAGUGGACUCCAGCGAGGGGGAGGAGCCAGAGGAGAUGCUCAAGGUCUUGGGCCAGAUGCCAGAGCUGGCAGAGAGCACGCCAGAGGAGGACACUAAAGCAGAUGCUUCCAACUCUGCCUCCCUCUACAAGGUGUCCGAUGCAACGGGUUCCAUGACAAUGACCAAAGUGUCAGAGAAGAGCCCAUUUGCCAAGGAGCUGCUUGUCCGUGACGACUGCUUUAUUCUUGAUAAUGGCGCCAAUGGAAAGAUCUUCGUCUGGAAAGGUAAUGGUGCAAACGCUGAGGAGAAGAGAGUGGCCCUUCAGAUGGCAGACAACUUCAUCGAACAAAUGGAGUACCCCAGGAUGAAAACACAGGUGGAAAUUCUGCCUCAGGGGAAGGAGACCAUCAUCUUCAAGCAGUUCUUCAAGAACUGGAACUAAACAUUUCCUGGGAACCGUUGACAAGCCCUGCACUCGCGAUGAAGCCGUAAAUCUGAAAACAGACUGCAUCUGAUGCAAAAUCCAUUUAGUUUUUGUUUUUUUAUAUGCAUCCACUUGCAUGUACAUAUUUGUAAGGCACCGUGCUGACAGAGCACGCUGCAGGUUUGGAAGAAUCAGAGACGUGAUGCCACUUUUAUAAAAACAAACAAGUUUCCUGUGGUGAGAGUUUAAGAUAUUGAGAGAAAUAUUUAAAACACACAAACACCUUGGUUAAGUAAAUGAGUUUGGAUUUUUCUUUUCUUUUUUUUUUACAUUUGUUGAAUAUUGUCACACACUUUCCUGCAUUUGAAAAAUAAAUCUAAAACUGCUUGCUA